GAGCCUGCGAGAAAAGAAGCGCGCGAGAUAGGAACUUGAGCGCGGACUAGUGUGUUGUCUGCAAUCCAGUGUACCUACCCCAGCGACAAUUCGAUUUUUUGUUUUUACCAACGUGGAUUAUAUACGACAAACAGACUUUCUCCUAUAAUAUAGUUUGUAAAUAUAUGCACGACGUGGCCCAAAAAAUAUAUACAAUAUAUUUUAGUGAUGGAGGUAAAGCAAAGGGAAAUGUCCUGGUGGUCGCGCGGAGAGGAUGGGGAGGAGGCAAUGUAUCAGGACACUGACUCUGACGUGGCUGAACAGAGAGACUGUGGAAAGGUCAAAGUGAAAUGGACACAAGAUGAGGAUGACAAUCUGAAAGCGUUGGUCCAAAACCGGGGGCCAAAUGACUGGAAAUACAUUGCCAGCAUUUUACCGAAUCGCUCAGAACACCAGUGCCAGCACCGCUGGUUGAAGGUUCUGGAUCCAGAUCUGGUCAAAGGGCCCUGGACCAAAGAGGAGGACGAGAAGGUGAUAGACCUGGUGAACAGGUAUGGCAACAAGCAGUGGGCUAUCGUGGCCAAGCACCUGAAGGGCCGGCUGGGGAAGCAGUGCCGGGAACGCUGGCACAACCACCUCAACCCGGACGUGAAGAAAUCCUCCUGGACAGCAGAGGAGGACCUCAUCAUCUACAAGGCCCACUGCAUGCUGGGAAACCGCUGGGCUGAGAUCGCCAAGCUGCUUCCCGGAAGGACAGAUAAUGCUGUGAAGAACCACUGGAACUCAACCAUCAAGCGUAAGGUUGAGAUGGGCUUCUACAGCAGGGUGGAUCCUAAUCUGAAAUGUCAGCAGAUGGAACCAGAAGAGAGCAUGGCCCACCACAGUAGAGAUCAGCAGAUGGACAAUGGUGGUUCUAUGGAUAGGGAACCAGACCAAGACCCCACACUGCCGGAGAAUGCCAGUACAUCCACUGUAAGAGGCGGACCGAAAGAAGCAGGCUCCCACAAGGCUGUCUCUCCUCAACAGUCAAAGACCCCCAAAAGUGAGCCAAACACCCCAGGAGGUGAACUGAAUACCAGUAGCUGGGUGGUGGACAGCUCAGGCUUCCUCUCUCCCAACGGCCCAGCCUUAAAAGAGGUGAUGGAGAUGGUGGAUGGGGACCUGGAUGGCUGGUGUAACAUGGCUGUCUUUGAUCUGCCCGAGGAGAGCCAGAGCCCAGAGCGGACCCAGUUCCGUCUGGAGGGCAGUGCCCUACAGGAACUCAGUAAGGGUAACCGGGGGGAGCUGAUCCCCAUCUCCCCUGGAGGAAUCACCCCACCUUCCAUACUGAACCGCCGCAGCCGCCGUCGCAUAGCUCUGUCCCCUGACUCCAACAACUCCAGGACCCCCAAGAGCACCCCGGUCAAGAUCCUGCCCUUCUCUCCCUCACAGUUCCUCAACAUGUGGACCAAACAGGACAACUUUGAGCUGGAGAAUCCAUCUCUCACCUCUACCCCAGUGUGCAAUCAGAAGUCUGGGGUUACCACACCACUACACCGUGACAAGACUCCACUCACACAGAAGGAAAACUCUGUUUGCGCAUCCAAGCUGUACCCAAACUCAGUGUUCAUCACACCCAACCACAAGUCAAAUCUUGACACCACUCCGCGGACUCCAACUCCAUUCAAAAAUGCCAUGGAGAAGUAUGGUCAUCUGCGACCAAUGCCUCAGACUCCGAAUGAGGAGGACUUGAAAGAGGUCCUCUUGAAAGAGGCUGGGAUUGAGCUGAUUGUGACGGAUGAGAGUCCACCUGAGCAAAGACGCAAGCAGGUGCAUCGGCCUCCAAUGAAGAAAGUGCGUAAAUCUCUGGCUCUGGAUGUCAUGGACUGCAAAGAGAUAGUCACUGCCAGGCAUCAGUCCAUGAAGUCCGAGCCCAAAACCUUUUCUAAGGCUGAGAUGUCUCUCAACUCCUCGUCCUUUUGUAUGAAGACUGAAGAUAAAGAGGAGAAUGUUCUGGAUCAGGGCUUCUGUUUAGGACCCAGUGAGAGUGGUGCAUAUUCCAACACAGUGCCCCCAACCCCAAUGUCCAAGGCAUGGGAAGCAGUGGUAUGUGGACGUACUAAGGACCAGCUCAUAAUGACAGAGAAAGCAAGACGUUACCUCCGUUUACUGAAAUCCCACGCUCCUAACCGGGCCCUCAUCCUGUCCUGAGCCCUCACCAACCUUGUUGGCCUCUCUGCAGACAUUUCCAUUGUGUUAAACAUAGGGUUGCAAAAUUCUGGGAACUUUCAAUAAAUUGCCUGGUUUUCCCAAAAUCUCGUUUCCUCCAACCGUGACUUCUAGAAAACCAGGGAAUUUAUUGAAAGUUCCCGAAAUGUUGCAACCCUAGUUAAAAACUCCCCCGUGUCGAUGUAUUUGGAAAGUAUUCAGACCCCUUGACAUUUUACAAGUGUUGUUAUGUUACAGCCUUAUUCUAAAAUGG